AUGAAUAUUAUCGCGUGGAAUUGUAGGGGAGCUUUAAAGCCCUCUUUUCGGAAUCAUGUAAGGGACCUAGUGAAUAAUCACAAUCCAGCUAUGAUGAUCAUUACGAAGACUCAGAUUGGGGGUGAUCAAGCCAGAGGCAUCAUUGACAAGCUUCAGUUUGACGGGGCAAUUCAUAUAGAGACUAUUGGAUUCGCAGGGGGACUUUGGCUUCUUUGGAAUUCAGAUGGAGUUCAGGUACUCCCUUCUAAUUUUGAAUUCAUUUGUCCUGUUGUUUAUGCUAGCCCUAGAUUUCAUGAAAGAUGCAUUUUAUGGAAUAAUUUAAAAAAUGCUGCUAACCUCCAUGAUAAGCCUUGGAUUAUUGCUGGGGAUUUUAAUGAGGUUCUUUCUAAUGGGGACAAAUUUGGGGGUAGAAGUGUUAGCUCAAAUAGGUCUCUACUUUUCAAAGAAGUGCUUGAUUGCUGUAAUAUGAUUGAUAUGGGGUUUGUCAGACCUCGGUUUACUUGGACAAAUAAACAGAGUAUAAAUGCUCUUGUCCAAGAAAGAAUUGACCGUUUCUUUGCCAACCUAAGUUGGUAUGCUGCUCACCCAGAGGCUAGAGUUACUCACCUUACUAUAUGUGUGUUUGAUUACUGUCCGGUUCAUCUUGAGUCCAAACCUAGCACUAGGAUGUUUCUUCCCAGACCAUUCAAGUUUCAUAGUGUUUGGCUUUCAAAUUUAUCCUUUCCGGGUAUUGUCAUGGAUGCUUGGGGUCAUGCUCGUCCGCUUCGGGAAUCUAUUGAAAUUUUUUCCAAGAAAGCCACGGAUUGGAAUAAAAAUCAUUUUGGAAAUAUUUUUGGUAAGAAGAAGAGAGUUAUGGCUCGCCUUAAUGGCAUACAAAAAGCCAUAGCCAUGUACCCCUCACAUUCUUUGCUUCAGCUAGAAAAGAACUUACUCAAAGAGUUUAAUGUCUUGUUAAACCAAGAGGAGGAGUUUUGGGUGCAAAAAUCUAGAAUUAACAGGCUGGUUGAGGGUGAUAGGAACACUGUCUUUCACCAUAUGACUACCAUUGUGAGGAGGCGGCGCAAUAAAAUUUCCUGCAUUAAGAAUGAUUUGGGGGAGUGGAUUCAAAGUGAAGUUGGAACCAUGAAUUUUAUUAGAGGGGGUUUUGAGAAGUUAUUUAAAACUAGUUUGGAGUUUUCUCUUCUUCAUUCCUCUCGCCCCUCCAAGUGGCAAGCUGCUUUGUCUGAGGAAGAGAGGUCCAAUUUGGGUGUUUUGGUUACAGAUGCUGAGAUUAAGGAUGAGCUUUGGGCUUUGAAGGCUUUCAAAGCUCCCGGCCCUGAUGGAUUACAUGCAGGUUUUUUCCAAAGAUUCUGGCUUAUUGUGGGAAAUUCGGUCAAGGCAGAAAGGAAAAAAGCCUUCAUGGAGUGUAAAAUUCCGAAUUACCUCAACCGAACCAAUUUUGCUUUGAUUCCUAAGAUAGUUGGUCCUGAGAGUUUGGGAAAUUACCACCCAAUCAAUUUAUGCAACACAGUGUACAAGAUGGUCACCAAGAUUCUUGUUGCUAGAAUUCGGCCUUAUCUUGAUAAACUUGUCUCUCCUCUUCUAUUGACUUUUGUCCCGGGUAGGAGAAGUGUGGACAAUGCCAUUGUGGUCCAAGAACUCAUCCAUACUAUUAGUAGCAAGAAAGGUAAGGUGGAAGUGGACUUGGAGAAGGCUUACGAUAAGAUUGAAUGGAGUUUCAUUCAGGAAGUGCUCAUAAAUGCCAACCUCCCCCAAAAUUUAGUAAGCCUUAUUAUGAGUUGUAUGUCGUCUGUCUCUACUUCCAUUCUUUUUAAUGGCGGAAACAUGGAGCCUAUUCUUCCCUCACAAGGAAUUAGGCAAGGCGACCCGCUCUCUCCUUAUUUAUUCAUCCUUUGUAUGGAAGCCCUUGGCCAUCUUAUUGAGGAGAAAUGCGAAGAAAAUUUUUGGACCCCUAUCAAAAGUUCCAUCAGUGGGGUUACUUUUUUGCAUAUUUUCUUUGCGAAUGAUCUGGUGCUUUUUGCUAAAACGGAUCAUGUCAAUUGUUCAACAAUUAGGGAUGUUUUGGAUGCUUUUUGUGCAAAAUUUGGGCAAUCCAUUAGUGCUAGCAAAUCAAGGGUUUUCUUUUCCCCUGAUGUUGAUGUUGAUACAAGAGAAUCCUUAUGUGAUAUAUUAGGAUUUCACUCCACCCCCACUCUUGGUAAGUACCUUGGUUUUCCCAUAAAGCAUCGUGGAACCAACAAUGAAGAUUUGAGCUUUGUUUUGGAUAGGGUAAAGAAUAAAUUGGCUGGUUGGAAAGCCAAUCUUCUUUCCUUGGCAGGUAGGGCUGUUUCCAUCCAAGUCUCCACUUCUACUAUCCCAGCUUAUGUUAUGCAGUGCACGGCUCUUCCAAAGAAGUUGCUUGACAAUAUUGAUAGGGUCAAUCGUAAUUUCUUGUGGGGGUCAACGGAAGAUGCAAGAAAAACCCAUUGGGUGGGAUGGCAUAAAGUGACUAAAUCUAAGGAGGAAGGGGGUUUAGGAAUCCAAUCAGCUAAGGGAAGGAACCAAGCUUUGUUGGCCAAGCUAAACUGGAGAUUCCAUGUGGAAAAGGAUGCUUUGUGGGUUAAAUUUCUUAACAAAAAAUAUUACUCUACCCUUAGAAUUAGGGCCAUCAAUGGUGAUAGACUACCUUGUUCAAGGACUUGGAAGGCUAUGAAAAUAGGGGGUGAAAUUCAACGCCCCUUCACUGUUGAAGAUGUAGCUAUUCGGGUUAAGGAUGUUUUUGGUCCUCAAGGAUGGGAUUGGUCUAGAAUAUCCUUUAAGCUGCCAAGCCAGGUCCUUAUGGAUAUUAACUCCAUUCCUUGUUCUAUUAGAGCUGAUCGUGUAGGAGAUAGAUUGUUUUGGGCAGGAGCUAAGAAAGGGAAUUACGACUUGAAACAUGCUUACUCUAUAGCCACAGGUAGUCUUGUGGAUGGGAGUUCUUUUUCUGGUGAUUGGGUGUGGAAGCUAGACACUUUGCCUAGAAUAAAGACAUUUAUAUGGCAGUGCUUACAUAAUAGUAUUGGAGUGGGAGAGUGUCUUGUUAGGAAGUGUUUGAGGGACUCAGCUACCUACCCUUUGUGUCAAAGGGAGUCUGAAUUCAUACUGCAUAGAUUGAGGGACUGUAAGGUAGCUAGACUCACUUGGUGGCAAAUGGGAAUCCAUGAAUCCAGCAAUUUCUAUGACGGCAAUUUGAACACUUGGCUUGAGAAAAAUUCCUUAGAGUUUCAGCACUAUGGGCUGUCUCCGAAGGUGGCAAGUAGUAAAAAGGUGGUGCGUGUCAGGUGGGAGAAGCCUCAAGCCGGUUGGUGUUGCCUUAGCACUAAUGGUUCUACUUCGGGUAGCUCUGGUAGAACUGGGUGUGGCGAUCUGAUCAGGGACGAGCAAGGAGAGUGGGUUGGAGGAUUUUCCAGGAGGCUUAGGUGCUUGGAUAGUUUUAUAGCGGAUUUGUGGGACCUUAGAGAUGGUCUUAUGCUCUGCAAAAACAUGAACCUGAAUGCUGUGAACGUUCAACUUGAUGCAAUGGCUGUUGUGCAGCUCCUGACCAGCCCAACUAUUACUAAUCUCUCUGUUUUGCCUCUUAUUGAUGACUGCAGGCAGUUGAUAUCCCAAAUAGCUCAAAAAGACAAAGAGAAAGAGGGGAAGAAAGAACUGAAGCAGAAAAAUACCUUCUGUGACUGCCGGCUGGUGCCUGCGAGUUCAUCUAACACCUUUACCAAAACCUUUUCUGGGAUUGAUGGAGCUGGAAAGCGAUUAGCAGAUGAAAGUGAAAAGACAGAGCCAGAAAAGGAUCUCAUUUUUGGCCCAUCUCUUGGUGGUUUGUUUGCAAGAUAUGCUAUUUCUGUUCUUUAUACACCACAUGGCUCAAGUAGUGGCAAACCUGAUGAUCCCAGCAGUUCUAAUGUGGAAAUUUCACAAGCAGAAUGCUCUUCAAGACGAGGUAUGAUUGCUGGAUUGGAGCCAAUCAAUUUUAUUACCUUGGCAACUCCACAUCUUGGGGUGAGAGGAAGAAAGCAGCUCCCAUUCCUCUUUGGGCUUCCAAUAUCAGAGAAACUGGCUCUACCACUAGCUCCUAUAAUUAUUGGCCAAACCGGUAGUCAGCUGUUCCUCACUGAUGGUAAACCCGAGAAACCGCCUCUUCUAUUAAGAAUGGCCUCUGAUUGUGAAGAUGGAAAAUUUAUAUCAGCCCUUGGCACUUUUAGGAGUCGCAUCCUAUAUGCUAAUAUAUGGUUGGUUGGCGCACAUCUUCUAUAAGGAGGGAGUCAGAACUUUCUAAGAAUCCCCCUCGAAGAUGUUUGGAUGGUUACAAGCAUGUUGAAGAUGUUGAGCAUUGUCCCCCAGUUCCCUCCGAUGGCCCCCAAUUUCCUCCAAAAGCAGCACAAAACGCACCCAACAUGCAAAACACAGUCGAAUAUCAUGAAAUUGUGGAAGGUAACAUCAAUUGGGCAUAGAAACUGAUAAUGUGACAAUUAUUUAAAGAGAUUCUUAUUGUGUUACAUGACAAUGAAUAAUGAUAGUUUUAGUUUGUUAAAUAGAGGAAAUGAUACGCGGAUUACAGCAAUUAGGAUGUGUUGGGUGUACACAUGUGAGUAAAGUCUCACAUUGAAUAAAGAUUAGAAGAAUGAGUAAUUAAUAUAACAUAAUUGAGGACAUACCCAUUGGGGUUUAG